ACAUUCCUAGCGCUGACGCUUUUGUUUAGGUAUGGCAGUAAGAAGAAGCAUGGCUCCUAUCGCUAUCACCUGUAGUUGAUACGCCUUGAUUGAGGUAGCAAAAUUAACAAAAUGGAUACGUGCAGUUUGUGUAAGAAAAAGUAUUCCAAGCUCUAUAAUCCUAAUGAAAGAGUACUAGGCACGCAAUUGUCGAGUGCAAUAAAUUUUAUAAUUGGUGAUGAGGUUGAUUUCCCUCCAAAAUACCUAAUCUGCACCGAAUGUUCGGUGGGUCUGAUAAGCACAGAAAUUGUUGUAAAACAUCUCUCAAAAUGCUUGACCACCACUAGAAAUUUUAAGAAAGGCCGAUCAAAAAGUGGCUCUUCGCACAACGAGCAGGAUGAAAACAAUGAAGAAGAAUGGGAAGACCAAAGUAAAGAGAAAGCGGAUGAAGAAGUUGACAGGCCACAAAACCAAGAUGCAUCCAAACCGGAUGACGCUUCGACGUUUCAUUGUACGCACUCUGAGCUGACAACAAAAAAAGCUAACUUAUACAAAUUUCUGUCACUUUUCGGAAAUCGCAAUCGGAAAUAAUCAUGAUUCAAUAAUACAAGGUUAGAUAAUUAUUGACA